CCCCGUUACGAAUGACGAUGGUUGGGCGGCGUUUUCGUUCCGUGGACACUAAGAAACCGGCUGUGGCAGGUUUGAUUUUUCUAAUCAUUUCCUAGUUUUCCUUCGGUAAGCAAUCCAAAUAUUAAUCUUUCGCACGUAACGAGAUCAGACAUUUAAAUCACUACGUCGCAUUUCUUAGUCGACAAUCUGGAUAACGUGUGCCAGUAUAGUUGUAAAAGAAUUUCUUUGCAGCACUUAAACGAUCCGGAAAAGUAAGCAAACAAUCGUUGCUCAAGGAAAAUAUAACAGAACCAGAAGGAUGAAAACCUAGAAACCCUCGAGAAAAAAAGCAGGGGUUAAAAAAUGUUGGAAGGAUUGUAUUUUUAAAAAUAGUGUCCGUGAUUACAUUUUUCUUGCAAAAUCUGCGUCUGUAUGCUAUCAAUUCGACGGAAUAGUUUUUUUUGAUUAGAAGGAUAAAGAAGGUGAAAUUUACAGUAUCAAUUUUGAAAAGGCUAUGGCAGUAACAUCUGCUGCCCGAAGAGUUGCACAACGGGCAUGUAAACCCCGAUAUUCUUUUCGCUCAGUUUCGUCCAAUGCAGAUUUGAUUUCAAGGGAAAAAAAUAGGGUGCAGCCUGUGCCGCGGUUGUUUUUGCCGGUGUCUGUUGACAGAAGAUGUGACGGGAACAUUUUUCUGAGAUUUUCGUCAUCUUCGGCUGGAUUGCAAAAUGGAGUGAGUAGGAGAGCCCACGAGCGGCAAAUCUCGCAGCUUGUCAAGUCGAAUGGAAAGCGGGCUUUUCUUGUGGAUACUCUGGCAUUGGUGAGACGAUUGGAAGCUCAAGGCCUGACUUCGAAACAGGCUGAGGCAAUAACAGCUACCAUCACAGAAGUCCUGAAUGAUAGCCUUGAAAAUGUAGCACAAUCGUUUGUUUCAAAAGCAGAAAUGCAAAGAAGUGAAAUGACACAAGAAUCUGCACUUUCAAAGUUCAAGGCAGAAGUUCAGAGUUCCCAGGAGCACCAUUUCUCUUCUUUGCAACGUGAGACAGAAAAGUUACGAACUGACAUAGAUAGAAUGCGCAGCGAACUGAGGUAUGAGAUCGACAAAGUCACUGCAGGACAGCGGUUGGAUUUGAACUUGGAAAGAGGUCGCAUUCGUGAUGAGUUGGCAAAUCAGAGUGCGGAGACAUCAAAUCUAACAAAUAAGCUUGAUAGGGAGAUUCAUUUGCUCAAGACACAGCUGGAGGCUGCAAAGUAUGAUGUGAUAAAGUAUUGUAUAGGUACCAUUGUUUCUGUUACUGCUGUUGGUUUGGGUUUGCUUCGGCUUAUCAUGUGAAGGUUUUGGUAAAAAAGUUCUGAAGUUUAACGAACCUUCAACAUUAAUCUCUUUUAAGAAUUCUUUGGUGCCUGAUAUAAGACACCCUAAUUCUUUUCCUGGUUCACAAGUCUUGUAGUGUGGUUGCACCAGUGAGGCCAGGAAUGCAAGAGAAGAACAGAAUUGGGCAAGCUUUGGUUCAUCUGUACCUGGCCUGGAAUUAUAAUGGCAACUUGUAAGGGCCAAGUUUUGUUGGCAAUUAAUUUCAAUUCGGUCAGUUGAUGCUAAAGCCAGCUCAAUGUUGUUUGUCUAAUUCAUCUAACCAAUUUCUGGACUGAAUGUGGGCGAUUUUCCUUGAUUUGUGCCCCCCCCAAGGGAAAAUUAGUCAUUUUUUUUGGACUUGGAAAAUUUGCGAGUUAAAUAAAAAGAUAUUGAUUCUUCCUACA